AUGACCGACAAUGAAGACCCUCUUAUCGCGGCCCUGCCACCGGCCACCGACUACCUCACCUAUCUCACCAUUCUCGAAUACCAACUGACCCCCGCUCGCCUACCCACUCUCCAUAAAGUUCUCCAAGAUGAGACAUUGACCACGAAUAUCGGCUGGGAUCUGGUGCAAGUGCUCCUGCCCAUGAUUCCGCAAUCCUCCGAAUGUUUACAGGAUAUCGCUCGUCUGGGAAAUCCGAGAGAAGUCAUCUUGCGUGUUUCAGAUGCUUUGAUGAAACUACAGCCUGACGAUGACGAGGAAGAUAGUGAGGAUAUUGGAGAGGGAAGUAGCACACAUGAAACACAGAAGACAGAUGAAGGUCUUCCACGGCAUAUCUUGAAAUUCAACUGUCUCAUGGCCAUGCUAUCGGUACUCCAUCGUCGUAUCCAGACCAAGUCCCCCAGCCGAUUCAUCGCUACGUCCCUUCAGGCAGCAUUGGAAGCUUAUACUCUGAUGCCAACAAACGAAACCACAAUUGCACUUCUGGAGUUCUUUAGAGAUAUCGCUCCCUCGAAGAGGCCCGCACCCCCGCCGAGAGCAGCCAGCGAAUCCAGCAUUCUGCGAGUUUCGGAAGCCUCUGCACCCGACCCCGAAGCCGAAGUACAGUCUCCUGCGCCCUCGAGUAAUAAUGAACCCAUACUUGUCAGGAAGUUUUUGCAAUUUGGUCUCAUUGAAGUGCUCAAGUCAUACCUUUUGAGUUUCUCAAGUCCUAUGGAUCCAGGGAUGUCAUGGGCCAUUAGGUUGCAAGAAAAGCUACGUCCGAACUUGCGUAUACCAGGAAGAGAGUCGCAGACAGACGUUUACGCUUCUACCAAGCAUCUCAAAGAAAGAGACUUGAUCAUGGCGAAGAUUACUGCUCUGUCUCGAGAUUUCGGUUUAGACGACAAGCAACUUCUUUCGGUUGUUUCGCAGCCAUCCGACAACCAUCCUCCGCCGCUAGACUUUGACGAACCACCAAAGAACCCCGAAGAUAUCCCGCUCGAAAGACACGGUUCUUUGUUGUUGCUGGCUGCGCGGGCUGCGGUGGCAGAGUUGUACUCGUCAGGCCAGGUUGUUCCAAUUGCGGUCUUCCCUGAUUUGGCCCAACUGUUCUCGAACUUCGUCGGGGGUUUCAAGACUCCGGAUGAGGUGGCUUUCGGGCAACCUCAGCCACUUCUAGACUCUCUGCUCACACUGACGGUAUUCUCCAUGGAAAAUGCUAUAGGCGAGCCGUCUAGCGAAGCGAAGUUCAACAACUUCGUUCUGGAGCUUACGGCCUGUACAGCGCGUCAGAACUACAGCACAUUACGACGGAUACCAUCUACCAUCAUCCAUAGCCACCCAUCCGAAGUGACUCGCUUCAAGUUGAUCCGCAAGGUCCUUGAAGACGAUGCCCUCCAAGCCGCCAAAGACAGCGCUAUCGGAUGGCUCAAAGAUGAGAUCCUGGCCACCACGGAGCAAACCCCCGAAUCCAGCAUCUUCCAAAACCCACACUACUUCUCCGUCCUUUUACCCCUCCUCUUCAACUCCACCCACCUCCUCCUCAACGUCUCCUCCGAAAUCGUCGCAUCAUGGAUUAGAUUUUCCCAAAUCCUCACGCCCUCCAUUCACGCCGCCCUAAACCUCUACUAUAUUCUCGUCUCCUCCCCGAAACUCCGCGAACGCCUCCAACUCGAAAAGACAUACAUCUACUUCCGCAAUCGCGUCCACGAACCUCUCAAAUCCCUCUGCCACGCCUUCGAGGCCGAUUUGACAGGCCACGGCGGUGAAGGACGCAUCCAGGCUGCCGUGGGUGAGGAUAUGGUUGAGGUUGGGAUGGCUCGUUCCGUUGGAGUUGUGUCACAUACGCUGGAGCAAGUUGAGGAUACAGUGGGUGAUGCGUUUGUGCUUUCCGAUAAGGAGUUGCAGGAACCAAGUGCAGAUGAUAUUGCGAGUGUUGAUGCUAUUCGGAAGGAGACUGCAUCAUAA